AUGCUCGAGAAAGCAAUCGAAAUGGAAUGGGAAGCAUUGCAAAAUCAACAGGAAGCGACAAGGAAAAAGUUGGAGGAUGCCGAGAAAAUCGUGGAUGGCGUGAACCAAUUGGAUCGUUGGUUGCAUGGAAAACAGCGGUUGAUUGACUCUGUUGGUGCUCCUUCUACUGAUUCUCAUAUGGCAAAAGGACAAAGGGCACAAAUUGAUAUGUUAAAGAUUGACACCGAAAACGAGCGCCUUAACAUGGAAAAGCUGAAAGAUUUGGCGGAAAAGCUCGGCGAUUCGGCGACAAAUGAUGGAGAUAAGGAGAUCAUACAAAAACAAAUCGAUUUGCUGAACGAUCGCUGGGGAUCGCUGAAUGAUGGAUUGGAGAAGAAAGAGUCGAAUAUUUCGAGAGCAGCUGAACUCGGCGCUGAGAUUGCGCAGAUCAACAAGGAGAUCAAAAAGAAACUCGGCGAGCUGGAGCACGAGGUGGACGCAGUUUCCCGUCUUCCAUCAACAGAAAUCAAUCAACAAUUAUCCAAACUGGACGAGUUGAAAAGAAGAGAAGGAGAAGUGAAUGAGUUGUUGGAGAAAUUGGGGGAAAAGGUAAAGAAAGCCGAUGAAUAUGCGGUUGAUUCGACGAAUCAAACGGAAAUCGCCGAAGGAUUGUUGAAUGCAAAGACGAAAACGGCUGAGUUGGACAAGAAGAUCGACUCGGUGAAGCAAGCCGCUCUUUCCGUCAAAGAUCAAGGAGAUCUCUUGGAUCGACACGUUGAUGGACUCUUGGAUUCGAUUCAGUUAUUGGCACUGGAUAUCAAUAAUUCUCCACCAAUUUGCGCUGACAAGGAAAAGCUAUUCGAUGAGAUUUCCCGUUUUUCUCAUUUGUAUGAUGAGAUUUUGGGAAAAGAAGGAGAUGUGAACGACCUUGUCAAGCAAUUCAUUGACCAAGAGGCCACACUGAAGAAUCAUUUGGUUGGCGAUGAGCAAGGAUUGGCUAAAGCUCAAGAAGAGGCUCAGGGCCCAGAUGCUCGACAUUUGAAGCGAGGCGCCGAGAAUCUGUGCGAUGAUGUGAGAGCGUUAUCGAAAAAAGCGAGAAAUGGAUUGGCGGCUGUGCAGAAGAAGAUCGAUCUGCGCACCAAAUUCGACAAGUUGAUCGACGAGAGCACAGCGUUUGCCGAGGGAAAAGAGGCAGAACUUGAAAAGGACAAGGAGAUGAUCAAUAGAGAAAGAUUGCAAGCAAAACUCUCCGAAGUCGAGUCGUUUUGGGGGAAAACUGGUCGAGAAUUGAAACAACUUGGGCAAGAUUUGAAGCAAAUUCUGCCCGAUGAAGCCCAUCAAUCCAUCGAUUUGCCAAUUGAGGAGCUGGGAGAGAGAUUCGAGGGAUUGAUCGAGAAGAUGAGAUUGAUCGAUUUGACGCUAAACGAGAAACGCAAAGAGGCCGAGAAUGUGAAAGAGAAAACGAUUCGAUUAGCGACAAGGCUGAACUCUUUAUACUCGGAUUUAAAUGAUUUGGAUCCGAUUGGGCGAAGUUUGGAUGAGUUGCAAAAGCAGAAUGAACAAUGCGACGAGAUGAAUGCCGAGCUAAACGAGAGGGAAAGCGAGUUGAAUUCGAUCUAUGACUUGUGGAAAUCAGCUCUGAACAUUCAAGCCGUCACCCCCGAGCAAUUGGCAACAAAUCAACAACAUUUGGAUGACAUGAAACGGCUAAUCGCUAAAGGGAAACGAAAAAUUGGCGAUCGUUUCAAGAAAAUCGGCUCAAUCGAGGAGGAUUUGAAGCGAAUUGAAAAUGAAUCGAAAGCUGUUAUCGAUGACGUAAAUCGCUUAGCUGAACAUGAUGCGCUGAAGAACGAGAAUGGAUUGACUGAUCCGAAAACAAGAGCUGAGGAGCUCCGCCAACUCAAAGAUCAACUCCGACCGGUGUCCGAGCGAGCCGACAGCGUGCAAGCCGAGUGUAAAGCUUUGAUCAAAACAGCAUCCCCGGAUGCGGAUACAAAGCAAUUGUCCUCUACCCUAGCUGAAGUCUCUCGAGCAGUUGAUGGGAUCAAUGCCUCCAUUGGCGCCAAACAAUUGGCUCUGGAUGCUGCCGUGCAACAAAUGGGAAGCUAUAACGAUGCACAAAGGGACCUCCAAAACUGGCUCGAGGAGACCGAGGAGCUCGUUGGGAACCAAAAAAUGCCAUCUUCUGACGCGAAAGUUGCAAAAGCGCAAUUGCAAAGCUACGAUGUGCUACUAAAACACAUUGAGGAUAAAGAAACGAGUGUCGACGGUUUCCGUGGGAUGAUCGGCAAGCUCGCGAACAUCGCCUCAAACGAUGACGAGAAGAAAGUGCUGUCUGGAAAAGCUGAUGAGAUCACAAAUCGAUACGAAGACUUGCUGGAAGGAGCUCAAAAGGCUCAGGCUCGCCUUAGAGAUACGGUGGAUUUGGCGGAGAAAUUCACGCACGAGUUGGCCCCAUUCGAGCAAUGGUUGCAACAAGUCGAGAAAAAAAUCGGUCAACUCGGCAACGUUCCGACUGAUUCGGAGCGCUUGGGCACGCAAAUUCACGAAGUGGAAGAGAUUCGCGAUGAGAUCGAUAAGAAAAACGAUGUGGUAGACAAGAUUUGUCAGCUUGGCCCAGCUUUGGCCUCAUUGGUGAGCGUUGAGGACGCUGGGGAGUUGGAGGCGCAAAUCGGCAACGCCACCGCGAAACACGGGCAGUUGGCUGAAAGAGCCGAACAAUGCCAUCUAUCACUUCAUGCGAUGGGAGAGCUCAUCUCCGAUUUCGAGCAGGACAUGACCGAACUCGCCACCUGGCUAGACCAAAUCGAACAAGACAUGGCUGGUGUUGAAGAAUUGCCGAUAAAUCCAGAGGAAUUGGUUGAACAAACGAAUUUGUUAUCGGAACUCGUCGAAUCGGUGACCGAACGAGACGCUCUUGUGGCAAAUGUGGUGAGAGUGGGAAAAACUUUAUGCAAAGCGACGACAGCCGACGAGGCCCUGGCUUUGCAAGGAAAAAUCGAUGGAUUAAAGAAUCGCUACGUUGCUGUGGCCAAUUAUGCGGAUGAGAAGCUCGGUCAACUUUCGAAGGCGAUUCCCUUGUCGGAUCGAUUCCACGAGGGGAUUGAAAGAGUCAUGGAAUGGGUUGAAGCUGUUGAGGACGAUCUCCGGCACAUCGAUUCAGUCGAUCUAGACACACAACAACAGUUGAUACACGGAAUUGAUGAAGAUGUGACACAGUGGAGACCUGAGGUGGAAGAACUCGUCGCGGUCAGCUCUCAACUCCAACAGUUGGCCGGUCCCGAACGUGCUGAAGAACUCUACGCCCAUACACAGGAAAUGCAAAGGAGAGUGAAUCUCAUCGCUGAUCAGGUCGGUCGUCGAGCCGAGCGCCUUGACUUGGCCGAACGACAAUCCCGAGCCGUCGUUGAAGAGUUGGAAUUCGUUUUGGAGUGGUUGAAUGACGCGAAAGAGAGAGUGAUGAAUGCGGCUCCUUUAGCAAUUGAUCCCGACUAUUUAAAGGCCCAACUCCGGAAUCAAAAGCUCCUCAAUGAAGAUUUGAGUGUUCAAAAGGCUCGUCUACGAGACGCGACAGCUGAAUGUCGAAAAGUGGCUCGACAAAUUGGACCUGAAGGUGGACAGGAUGCGUUGCUCUUGGAAAAGGCUGAAGGUGCCCGAGAGUUAGCCGACGAGGUUUCCCAUGUUUGCGCUGAAAGAACCGAGGCUUUGGAACAAGCUCUUGCACUAGCUGAACAAAUCGGUGCCUCGUUCGACGACAUGAGCAUCUGGUUGGAUCAAGUUGAGGAUGAGCUAGCCAAUCAACCGGCUGUCACCACAGCCACACCACCACACGAAUUGUCCAAACAGCAACAGCACAAUAUUGAACUCUCAGCGGUGAUCGCAGCGCAGCGUCCACUUGUUGAACGCUUUGAGAAAGACGUUCGAGCGCUCGUCGACUUGGUCGGUCAAGAAGACGCUGUUGCACUGGAACAGAUUUACGACCAAAUCGUCGGCCGUUUCCAAGACGUGCAAAAACAAGUGAAAGAGCGUGGUGAAGGAAUCGACUCGAUUCUCGACGUUACAGAAGCAUUCGGAAAUCGUUUGGAUGUUUUCCUGGCGACACUCGAGGGAGCCGCCGAGUCACUGCGCCAGCCAGCAGCCGUUUCUGCUGAUCCAGGCCUCCUGCAGAAUAGAAUCGCUGAAAAUGAGGCUUUGUUAGACUCGCUGAAGGAUAAGGAGAAUGCCUUAGCGGCGAUGAAAGAACGAGCGGCUGAGUUGCUGGCCAGAGCUCAGCCUGGUGAUGAUGCGGCUUCUGAGGUUGCUGCUAAAAUCCAGGCGCUUGAACAACUGUGGAAUGAGAUCGGUGAUGGUGCGCAGAUGAGAGGAGCUUUUUUGCAAGAUGCACUUGCUAAGGCGAACCUUUUCUGGAACGAGUUGGACAAUUGCCAGAAAGCGAUUGAUGAUUUAAAGGCACGUUUGGAAACAAUCGAGCCAGCAAUCGGCCAGCCCGAAAAAAUCCGUGAACAACAAAAUGGAAUGAUCGAGAUCGAGAAAGGAGUACAGACGACAAAGCCGAGGAUCGAGAAUCUGAGAUACGCUGGCGCAGCUUUGUUGGCGAUUAUCCCAGAAGAAGAGCAAACAGCUGUCGAGCAACAAGUUGACAUGAUCGAUCGAGGAUUUGACACGAUUACAAAGAUGUUUGCUGACAAGAGUGUCCAUCUGGGGAAAGCCAUGGAGCAAGCAAUGGGCUUCCACGAAGAUUUAGCUGCAUUGAACGAGUUUUUAGAUUCAGCUGAACAGCGCCUUCAAUCAAUGGGCCCCGCCGAGCAGAUGGCUGUGCACGAGAUUCAACCGAGAUUAGAGGAGCUGCAACUGUUCAGAAUUGAGCUCGAUGAUCAUGCGAUGUUGAAAGAGCAAAUCAAUCAGACGGCUCAAGGAUUAGUGGCCGGAGCACCAGCGCAUCAAACAGCUGCUGUCAGGAUACCGAUUGCAGAGUUGAACGGUCGCUGGUCUCGUCUUUACGGUGAUAUCGCCGAUCGGGAGCAUAAGAUUGAACGAGCCAUGCUGGAGAUGGGAAGACUUGGUGAAGCUGUGGGACAACUGACUGCAUGGAUUGAUAAAACACAAAGUACCAUCGACGAGCUGGGCGCUCAUGCUCCAACGAAUCUGCGAGCUGUCGAGAUCGCUCAAUGCAAGCUGGCCGUCGUUAACAAUGAUAUUCACGCUCAUGAGCCAAGCAUCAAAUCGAUCAACGCCUCAGCUUCAAAACUCCGUCAAAGCAGCGAUCCAUCAACGCUGAAAGAAGUGAUGGGAAUGAACGAAAAGUGGAAGAAUUUGCAAGAAAGCAUCGGCAGUUUGGGAGCCGGAUUAGAGAGGGCAAAAGGAGCUGCAGAGGAUAUCGGCGGUGAGAUGGAACGUUGGCUGGCGUAUGUGGAAGAUGUUGAGGCACAACUGGCAACAACGAAACCGACUGGGGGACUUCCUGAAACAGCGAAACAACAUCUCGAGGAUUUCCUUGGAUUAAAGGAUGAGAUUGAGGGCAACACUCCAGCUCUGGAAGCUCAUGUGGUCAUCACUGAAGACUAUCUGACAGCCCAUCCUGAAGACGAGGGAUCGUGGAUUGGAAAAAGUGCGCACACACUCAGACACAAGUGGAAUCGUUGCAAAGAUUUGCUGCUCGAUCGCGAGAAGAAGCUAUCAUUGGCGCUAGAGGAGGCGAUCGCUUUAGAGGAAUCGAUGCAAUCCACGUCUCAAUGGGUCACCAAUAUGGAAGAAGCUUUAGCUGCUGUGUCACCAAUCGGUCGCCUACCCGAGGUACUGGAACGACAAAAAGAUGAGCAACAACACAUGGCCGAUGAAGUGAAUGAGAAAAAAGCGGCAAUGGCGGAAAUGCAAGCAACCGGCACUCGGAUGCAAUAUUAUUGCGAGAAAAAGGAUGCGAUUCCAAUAAAGAAUGGUUUAGUCUCGUUGAGGCAUCGAUUUGAGAAAGUUGCACAGAAAGUCGCUGAGAGGGGAAAGCAACUCGACUCAGCUCAAGCUGAGACAGAUGCCUGGCUGGAAAGUGCCAAAGAUUUGGAGUUCUGGAUGGCGGAAAUGGGAGUGAAAUUGGAAGAAGAAAUCCCUACGACAGCCAACCAUCACAAGUUGUUGGAGUUGAGGGAUGAGGCGAAGGAAGCUAAACAAGAGCUGAUUGGCAAGAAGCCGGAAUUCGAGGCUGUCCGUCGGAGGGGACAAUCCGUCGGUGAUCAUGCCCCAAAAACGGAACGUAAAGAGAUCGAGAAAAAAAAUGGACAGCUGAAAAAGGAUUGGGAUCAAUUAGAGAAAGUGGCCACGGAUAGGCUGAGAAAAGCUGAAGAGGCUGUUCUCGAGUCGGGCGCUUUCGAUGACGCCAUUGAGGACAUUGAGGCGUGGAUCGAUGCGAUGUUGCUCGAUGCGGAGACCGAUUCGGCGAUGGCGGGCACUAGGGUCCACGGUGACAUUGAUACGGUUCGCGAUUUGAUCGAAAAGGAAAACAAAAGAGGUGACGAGAAAGCAGCGAAGAAGAAACAAGUGGACAAGUUGCUGAAAAAAGCCGACGAAUUGAUUGAAAGAGGAGUUGAUGAAAAAGACGAUGUGAGAGAAUCGAAGAAGAGAUUGCAAGAGAAAUGGGAAGCGAUUGAAGCCGCAGCGAAUGCGCGAGCCGACGCGCUACGGAUGGCCAAAGAUGAGGCUGAAGAUUUCGACGCAAAAGCACAUGCGCUUCUCUCGUGGAUGGAUGAGAAAGAUGAGAAAUUGCGAGUGAAUAACAAGGAGCCGAAUCUCGAUAAAGCCAUCGAUGUGGCACAAGGAGUAGUGGAUGAGAUGAAGUUCGAAGAACCGAGAAAAGAGGCUUUGCUAGCUCUCUGUGCUGCAAUCCAAACAAAAGCGCAUCCAGCAGCCGAGCAACCGAUGAGACACUGGAAUAAACUGUUGACGGCACGGUGGAAGGAAGUCGAGGAUCGAGCUCUCGAGAAGACUGUUGACUUGAAAGAGCAAAAACAGAAGAAUGAGGAGCGAGAGAAAGCGCUGAAGGAACUUCUCGCUUUCGUUGCCAAGAAACGCGAUCAACUGCUAGCGAUGAGCUCUGCGCCGACGCCUGAGGAUCUGACUACGGUGGAUAACAUGCUGCAAGCGUACGAGCAACUCGACUUUGAGCUCAACGAGAAACAACCCGAGGUGGACGACGCGGUAAAAGGAGGACAAAAAGCAAAAAACCCGAAAGCCAUUCAAUUGGGCGACGAGUGGAAACGUUUAUGGUUGGACGCGUUGGGGCACAAAAAUGCGUUGGAUGAAACGAAAGAGUUGCUAGAGGAAAUGAAACGAUUAGAAGGAUGGCAAUGGGAGGAUUGGAAAGAGAGAUACUGUGAAUGGAAUGAUCACGCAAAAGGUCGAGUGACUGAUUUGUUCCGAAGAAUCGAUCGAACCGCCACCGGAAAUGUGCCAAGACAAGCAUUCAUCGACGCUAUCAUCAAUAGUCGUUUCCCAACGUCUCGCUUGGAAAUGGAAAAAGUUGCCGAUUUGUUCGACAAAGACGCUUUCAUCAAUCACAAGGAUUUCAUCAAUGCGUUGAGAUUCGAUAAAAAUCGCCGAGCCGAGCCAAAGUCAGACAACGAGCGGAUCGCGAUCGAAAUCGACCGCCAAGUGCGCGGCUGUGCCUGCUGUCAACCGUACAAAAUCGAGAAGAUCAGCGAUGGGCAUUAUAGGUUCGGUGACACGCAAAUCCGGCGAAUGGUGAGAAUUCUUCGAUCAACGGUCAUGGUUAGAGUUGGCGGUGGAUGGGUGACACUGGAGGAGUUCUUGCGAUCACACGACCCGUGCCGGGCAAUUGGUCGUCGUUAUCAAGAUAUCUAUCCCGACGUCCGUCCAUCGAACGCCGUCGACACAAUGCGAGCUUUCACAAAAAAUCGGCACGCUAGAAUGUCCUCAACAGAUUCGGAUGGAGCACAAGUGCCGCCAGGAGCUCUGGGACCGAUUACGAAAAUUCGUGAAAAGACCGAGCGGAGCUUCCCGAUGUUCCCGCAUGGCCACGAUCAUCAAAGCCACGCACACAACGGCUCAUCAUCAUCGGUGUCAAAGCUGCGAGCCCCGUCCGACGUGUCGCUGGGUGAUUCGAGAAUCGGCAAGGGUUGGCCGGGUGGAAUCUCCCCAGCUGGCAGUCAGUCGAGUCUCGACCGGGGCAGUCGUCCGCCAAGUCGGGCAAGCGCCGACCCAGAGCGCUCCACGAGGAUUCCGUCGUUGCGCGGCAAAAAGGGAGUACGCUACAACCCACCGCGUCAACUG